AUGAAGCUCUCGUCCCUCCUGGGCCUCCCGGCGACACUUCUCACUGCCGUUUACGCCGCAGCGGCCGUGGACGAUACCACUGGAAAGUCUUACUCAGAACACCUCCAUUUGAAGCCCCUGCCGAACGGGAACCUGUACGCUGGAUUCAAUUUCACAGCAUCGACACCGAUAUCCGCCUACGACCAACAGCAUUUUCGAUUCUUCCCGCGAUCUCUGGGACAAAUACUACAAUACACGCAUACAUCAGAGCUACAUCUACGAUUCGCGCUGGGAAGAUGGGAUGAAGAGAACUGGGGUAGCAGACCGCGGAAUGGGAGACGGGAAGGAGGCACUGGAGUGGAGUUGUGGGCAUGGCUAGAAGGAGAGAGUCACGAGAUAGCCGAGCAAAGAUGGAGAGAGCUGGUCAACAGUCUGUCCGGGCUCUUUUGUGCCAGCCUGAACUUCAUCGAUUCGACCAAGACUAUUCAGCCCCUUCUCUCAUUCGAUCCAGAAGGGACAUUAAAGGAUAUGAAAAGAGAGGAUUUGCAUUUGAUGCAUGGCAUGCUACCUCAUGAGGUGGUAUGCACGGAGAACCUAACCCCAUUCUUGAAGCUGUUGCCGUGUAAAGGCAAGGCGGGCGUCAGCAGUCUCUUGGACGGACACAAGGUGUUUGACGCAAAUUGGCAGACGAUGUCCAUCGACGUACGACCUAUCUGUCACGCACAAAAGGACUGUGCGUUAGAGAUCGAACAGACUGUGGACAUGGUUCUUGACCUGGAGAGGAGCAUGCGCCCCAGAGACAAUCCAAUCCCGAGACCGCCGCCCAUUGAGGAGGUCACUUGCGAUGAAACUAGAGGAUACAACUCGGACGAUACAUGCUUUCCCAAACGGCCUGCGGGAGAAAUGGCCUGGUCGCUGACCAAGAUUUUCGGACGUCCGAUUCAAGGCAGCUGCCCAGUGGGCAAACAAAUCAAAGCAACAGAUGUCUUUCUCGAAGUUCCGGAAUCGCGCACGGUCGAGAUUGCCCCUGAUGUCGCGAUCGGAACCGUUGAUCGUUCCGGCAGAUCCUACCGACUCAAAGACGGUCAGGAGUUUGAUGUGAAUCUGCUUCCUCAAGAAGGCUUCCAUCCUGCCGAUGGGAAGGACGAGUCCUUGCUUUCAGCAUCACGACAGAUCACCGGAUAUGGUCAAGAGAGAGGCGGAAUGCACACUAUGAUCAUCAACUCGCAACCCUUUCCGCAGCAGAUCGUCUACCUCGAGAGCUUGCCCUGGUUCCUGCGACCGUACAUGCACACGCUCAAGAUCAAUGGAGCUACCCUGGAGAAGAUGUACUACACACCAGCCAUCGAUCGCCAGAAAGGUACCCAUCUGGAAGUUCUCCUUGAGAUUCCUGCGCACGGCCAAGUCGAAAUAACGUAUGACUUCGAAAAGGCUAUUUUACGUUACACCGAAUACCCCCCUGAUGCCAACCGCGGCUUCGACGUCCCGCCAGCCAUCAUUCGUGUCCUUCCAAAGGAGGGCGAAUCGGAUCGCCAAGGUAGCUACCUACGAACGACCUCGCUGCUCCUACCACUACCAACGCCUGACUUCAGUAUGCCAUACAAUGUCAUCAUUCUCACUUCUACCGUCAUCGCUCUGGGCUUCGGGAGCAUUUUCAAUAUGCUUAUCCGGCGCUUUGUGCUUCUGGAAGAGAUUCCUAAGAGCCCUGUUGCCGAGCGAAUCCAAUUGGCAGCGUUGCGGAUUAAGAAUCGAGUUACGAAGGGGAGCGCCGUUGGUACGAGUACUGGGCUUGAGGCUAAUAGCGAUCCUUUGAAAGAGCGGAAAGCCAAGCAGAUCAGACUGGAAGAUUUAAAUGGUGGGAUUGACGCAGUUCUAGCUGGAGGAAAUUAG